GCUCGUGUCCAGCAUCCUUCUCGCAUCUACUUCCACAUCCACAGAACCCUGGAUUCAUCCGGUGUGUGCCCUUGCAUCACCGUCACAAGCCUUUGCGCUUGGUGAAAACUUUACCAACAAACAACAUUCCUUGCUUUGUGGAGUCUGGAUCCUGGCCCUGACAGCUGUGGACGUUGCCUCUUGUGUCUCUCCAGCUUUCAGCAACCCUGUUCCCUCGUCCCUCGUCCCCGUCCCUCGUCCCUCGUUUGCAGAUAUACCCUACCCCGAUCCUCCAUCUCGCAUCUUGCAUCACCACCACCCACUCAUUCAUUCACGUUCUCUUCUCGACAUCUGCAAAAUCGAUCUGUCUCCCAACUUAGAACCAACCAGCCGUCACCGUCAACGCCCUCCCAUCCCAUGACUUGAUCACCUUGCCCUUGGCCACUUUACUGUAUGGCGACCCAAAACCUGGCAAAGUUCAAACCGUCACUCCUUCUGCAGCUCUCGAUCGGACCGGUGCAGGCUCGAACCACCAUUUUGGUGUUGUCACAUCCCUUGAAGAACGAACCAUGAACCAUUUGCAUCCAGAGCAUGACGAAUAUGAGCUGUCUCGGACAAACACUUUUUCCUCUGAAGAACAAGACCUCUUGAGCCUCGAUCGCGACUUUCCCAGCCAUGACCAUGACAACGACCACGACCUCGAUCAUUCUCCUCUCCUCUCCGACUCCUUGUUGCUUGAACAUAGCAAACCUACCUUGUCCACUCGCUUCGCUUCCUUGACUCCCACCUGGCUACGUAAACAGCCGCGAACACGCCGAUCAACCGCAAAGUCCAGACGCAGUCCACGUUUACGAACCUGUUCCCUCCGCUCCUUCUACCGAAAGCUCGCCUGCCUUGUCUACGCGUUCAUCAUCACCAUUAUAACCCUGCUUGUGGUCGGUGGGACCUUUUACCCGAGUUACACUCACCUCCCACCACAUUACGCGAGUCUCCGCCAGCGAGUGCAGGCAUCCGAUGACCCUGGCCGCGCCAAUCUGCAAAAUGAAAAGAUCUUUAUCGCUGCAAGCAUCUUCGACAAAGGUGGCAAGCUGUCAGGUGGCCCCUGGGCGGACAACGUUCUGGAGUUGAUCCAACUACUUGGUCCAAGUAACACAUUCCUAUCUAUCUACGUGAACGAUGCAGGCCUUGAGGCCAAAGCCUCGCUGAACACUCUCCGAGACCGUGUUCCAUGUGACAAUGCCCUCGUUUUUGAAGAGCAUUUGGAUCUUGACGAGAUUCCCCACAUCACCCUUCUUGACAGUACACAAAGGGUCAAACGGAUCGAGUACCUGGCCGAGGUGCGCAACAGGGCUCUACGACCUCUGGUGGCAUCCAAGACCCGUUUUGACAAGCUCCUCUACUUGAAUGAUGUCGUGUUUCAUCCAGAGGAAGCUGCGCAGUUGCUCUUCUCCACACAUGCGUCCGCACAUGGCGUCGCCGACUACCGCGCCGCGUGUGCAGUCGACUUUAUCAAUCCAUUCAAGUUUUACGACACCUUUGCCACCCGAGACAUGGAAGGAUACAGCAUGGGACUGCCAUUCUUUCCUUGGUUUUCGGCAGGUGGGUCGGAGCAGACUCACCAGGACGUAAUUGAUGGUACGGAUGCGGUUCGUGUCAAGAGCUGCUGGGGUGGAAUGGUCGCAUUUGAUGCCAAGUUCUUCCAAAGCCGCCCUUAUCCCGGCUUCGAGCCUGUCACAGCCGGUCAUGGAAGUCCUAGCAAUCUGUCGUUGCCCUACAAGUUCCGUGCCGAGCAAGACCUGUACUGGGAUGCCUCAGAAUGUUGCCUCAUUCAAGCCGAUAUUCAGAAUCCAGAACCGGGCAACUCAGGUAUCUAUGUCAAUCCCUUUGUCCGUGUAGCCUAUGACACCAAGACCUUGUCUUGGUUGCGGUUCGUGCGGAGGUUUGAGCGUUUGUACACACCGAUCCACUUCAUGCUGGACAUUUUGGUGUCGAUGCCUCAUUACAAUCCUCGCAGGGACGAAGAGCCCUGGCAAGAGGUUGUGGAGAAUGUCUGGAUCAAAGACGAAAAGUUGCGGCUUGGUGGUUCGUUCAAGGAUGUGUCCAGACUUGCUACACAUUCAGGAUUCUGUGGCAGGCGGAAUCUGGCUGUCAUUAAAGAAAACAUCAUGGAAGGAGAACGCAAUUGGGAAAGCCUUGCAGUGCCUUCUUCAGCAUGAUGGGACAUGUGCAGCAGUCAUAGCGAUGGCGUUUGGGUGGACUAGCCAGCUUCCUCACCAUUUGGGGUGAAUGUUUGAUGUCUUACUUAGCAAUGUAGAAUACAUGUCGUUUGGACGACAAGCCAGUCUUUCGAGACCUUGGCGGUGAUGAAUGACUGUCACUAUGAGAUCAAAG